AUGGUAGACAACACUGACCCUCAAGCUGGGGCCAGCGAAGCUGCCAAGAGGUCUAAAAGAACCAAGAAAGUGACAAUUGUCCAGCAGACACAAACAGCAAAUGAUGACAAUGAGAUUGAUGAUGACCCUGAAGAUGAAUUGGAUGAUGAUGAUGAUGGCAAACAAUACAGCUUCCAUAUGUUAAGUAAACUCCUCGAACCAGUGCCAAAGCUCACCACCCAGAACUACUAUAGCUGGAAUGCGCAUGUAAAGUCUUUCCUCCGAUCAGUACCAUAUGCUAUGGAACACCUUGAAGGAACAUUUGAUGCAAACCAUCCCAGAUGGAGUCGCUCAUUCAAUGACACAUUAACAAAUGCCCUACAAGGGACCAUCAACACCAUGGGAGAAUACAAUGUAAACUAUCUUCUUUUGGACAUAAUAAGAGAGUACCUCACAUUUCAUCAAGUCUGGAGCAAGAUAGAAGCAAGGUUAGGUGACGAUGCCACCAGAACCUCUCGCUGGCUCGCUCUGAUCACUCAGCUGGGUGAUAUCAAGAUGUUCAAUUCCAACGUUCGGAAACUCAUACAGGAAAUCAGGACCAUCCAGGCCGAAGGAAGCAUCCUGGGAAGACCAUUUGCAGAUGAUACUCUCUUCUCUGCUCUCCAGAAAUGCAUGAUUCGCCACCUGAUGUUCAGGGAGACAGUUGCCACUGUCCACCAACUCAACUUUGAAGUGCUGGCCAUGGCACUUAGCAUACAUCAAUUGGCAUUAGAGAGCAUUCCCACCCAGAAGCUCGAUCCCCAGCAAGGUCAUGCCAGGACAGCAGGCAAUGGUGACCAGGACAAAUCAGCCCACAAAACUGAUGAUGAUGAUGACAACAAAACUGCCAAGACUGGAUACAGAUGCCGAAAAAUCCAGUGUUUUGUGUGCAGGCGAAUUGGUCAUGGUGCAGGCAAAUGUGACACCACCGUCACCAUUCCCAAAGAUUUGCCACUCACCAACUCCAAAUAG